GCACUUUGCGGCUUGACAGAGAGCGCUUCUGUGCCGACUGGCUGACUGCAACUACGGUGUUUUUCUGCAACAGUGUGAGUGGGAGAGAGUCGUCUCUGCUUUGUGUGAUAGCCUAACAGAAAAAAAAUAAGAAUGUCGUCGAUAACGGAGUUGAAGUGUGCUCUCAGGGAAACCCUGGAAGCACGAGGAGUGAUGGGACAACUGAAAGCAAGAAUCCGUGCAGAAGUGUUCAAAGCAUUGGACGACCAGAGCGAGCAGCGCCCUCCCUUGUCGCACGAGAAUCUGCUCAUCAAUGAGCUCAUACGCGAGUAUUUGGAAUUCAACAAGUAUCACUACACCGCAUCGGUGCUUACAGCAGAGUCUGGCCAGCCUGAGGUCCCUCUGGAUAGGCAGUUUGUGGCUAAUGAACUAAACGUUGUGGAGGAUCCAGUAGCUAAAACAAUGCCGCUUCUUUACGGCUUACUCUCCCAUUUCCUCCAGAGCGGAAACAGUAAGGAUAAACUGUUCCUCAGAAGCUCUGCAGCUCCCUCCGCCUCACAAAAGCCCAGCACCAAGGACAACUGAACUGAGUUACGUGUUGUCUGUUCAGAGGCAGUGUUGGGUAUUCCAGCUUCAGGGGGCCUAUACUACAAAGCUGGUUCAGGAGUAAACCAGGUUAAGUUAACUGGUAAAUCAUCUAAUAGAAGAACCUGGAGUCCUCAUAAUUGUAAUGUUUAAGUAAUUGGUGUAAUCCGAUUAUCUGUGAUUUCACUAAUUAACUGGUGCAGGGAAUGGAUGGAACACAUAGUGGGUGCUGGACUGUAACUUCGAGUCGGAUCACCCAACAAUGCACAGUGACCAAUUAUUGCUGUAAAUUCAGGGGUCUGUUUUAUGGCAAGAAUGUAAGGGGAGGGGGGGGGGGGGGGUGGAUAGGCUGCUUCUGUGCACAUUCCUUUUGUCAAGAUACUUUAUAUUUUUGUUCUUAAAAAGUUUUAUUUUGUAUUUAUUUUAUUACAUCAAUUAAAUUUGAAUUUGGUAACACAA